AUGGCUCCAAGCAAGAUCAGAAGAGCUCUUGGGGUAGUGAAGGACCAGACUAGCAUCGGCCUAGCCAAAGUUGGCAACAGCAACUCAUUAUCAGACCUUGAUGUAGCCAUUGUCAAGGCAACCAGGCAUGAAGAGUACCCUGCAGACGAGAGGCACAUUCGUGAAAUAUUGAGCUUAACUUCUUAUUCUCGUGCCUACAUCAGCUCAUGUGUAAACACCCUCUCCAGGCGUCUCAACAAGACCAGGAAUUGGACCGUGGCAUUGAAGACGAUUAUUUUAAUUCAAAGGCUGUUGGCGGAGGGUGAUCCAGCUUAUGAACAGGAGAUCUUCUUUGCAACCAGGCGUGGGACUCGCCUUCUUAACAUGUCAGAUUUCCGUGACUCGCGAUCCAAUUCAUGGGACUACUCCGCAUUUGUGCGCACGUUUGCUCUUUACCUUGAUGAAAGGCUUGAGUUUAGGAUGCAAGGUCGUCGAGGGAAGCGUAGUGCAUUUGGAAUAGAAGAAAAUGAAGAGGAGGCUGGCGCUAUUUGUGUAAAAUCGACGCCUGUCCGUGACAUGAAGAUUGACAAUGUCUUUUCCAGGAUGCAACAUUUGCAACAGCUACUUGAGCGCUUUUUAGCCUGCCGCCCCACAGGGGAGGCGAGGCACAACAGGGUUGUAAUUGUGGCUCUCUAUCCAACGGUGAAGGAAAGUAUCCAGUUGUAUUAUGACAUACAAGAAAUAUUGGGCAUCUUAAUCGAUCGUUUUAUGGAGCUAGAGAUUCCUGAGACUAUAAAGGUGUACGAGAUUUUCUGCCGAGUCUCUAAGCAGAUGGAGGAACUCGACAACUUCUAUAGCUGGUGCAAAACUGUUGGCAUUGCACGCACUUCGGAGUACCCAGACAUUGAGAAGAUUACACAGAAGAAGCUUGAUAUAAUGGAAGAAUUUAUUCGAGAUAAGUCUGCACUGGUACAAACCAAGAGAGCUACAUCGGUAGAGCCAAAGAAUGAAACUGAAGAGGAGAAACCAUGUGAAGAUGAUAUGAAUGCAAUAAAGGCACUACCACCACCUGAAAGUUACACGGAGACCCCCGUAGAAGAGGUGCAGGAAGAAGUCAGGGAUGAGGAGAAAAGGGAAAUCAAUACACAACAGGAGGCUGAUUUGUUGAACUUGCAUGAUGAUGCUUUGUCAACAGAAGAACACGCAAAUAAAUUGGCCUUAGCUUUGUUUGAUUGUGGUGCACCAGCUGAUCCUCCACAAGCUCCUGCAUGGGAAGCCUUCAAUGAUGAUACAACAGAUUGGGAGGCAGCUUUGGUUCAAUCAGCAAGCAAUUUAACAAAUCAGAAGACAACACUUGCUGGUGGUCUUGAUAUGAUGUUGCUUGAUGGCAUGUACCAACAUGGGGUGCAAACAGCAGCAAUGUCCGCUACAGGUUCUGGAGUUCAUGGAAGUGCUAGUAGCGUUGCCCUCGGUUCGGCUGGAAGGCCUGCAAUGUUAGCUUUGCCAGCUCCACCAGUGUCAAGUGGUGGCGCUACAACAUUAGCAAAUCCAGAUCCAUUUGCUGCCUCACUUGCGGUUGCACCGCCGCCUUACGUGCAAAUGUCUGACAUGGAAAAGAAACAGAAGCUGUUAGCGGAAGAGCAGAUGCUUUGGCAGCAAUAUGCGAAGGAUGGAAUGCAAGGACAGGUUGCAUUUGCAAAGCUGCAAGCUAAUUCUUACAACGUGGGAGGUUACACACACGGCUACCAUCCAAGAUCAGGUUAA